AUGGCAGGCCAGCAGCACCAAGGCGAAGUCAAAUGGUACAACUACAAGCGUGGUUACGGCUUCAUCAGGGACCACAGUACAAAGACAGAUGUCUUUAUACACUUCUCCGGCCUAAAGCGAUCCCUACAGAAACGUCUCCCCCGUGAAGGAGACAAGGUACACUUCACCGUCCAUAUGGGAGACAAAGGACCGGAGGCCCGAGACACCGAGAGGACCAGCAGUGCUUCACACCAAAAGCCACCCCUCAGGACGUGGGAUGUGGAAGCCAAGAUAUCGGCUUGCAUCUGCGCCGCAAAAGUCCUUGCCGGCAGCAACGCCCGACGUCUGCAAGCUCUGAUCCCACUCCUGCUGACGCACAAUGGCCUACCCGGUAUAAGAAUUCCACCACAAGCCUUCGGAACCUUGUACCCAUACACAGCGAAACCACCGAGGGUCCACCAGCCGUCUCGCCAAGACAAAGUCCAACCUCGCCGCGAAGACCUACAGGAAGAGGUUGGGACCGUCGAGGAAGACGAAGACGAGCUCGUUGAUGUGGAAGGGAGCGACUCCGACCAGCCACUUCCGCCUGUCCAGCCUCCACCAGCAGAAGAAGAACCCUUCCUGACAAGACCAUGCCGCUCCCGCACAAGCACCCCACAACCUCUGCUGAAGACGAGAAGCUCAUCUCAUCACAGCACCAUCCUGCGCCUGGGUCAAGCCCCAUUGGUGAAGCAGUUGGCUAAAGGUCAGCGACGUUUCGGAGAUAUCUCUCUCCAUCUUCAGGCUGUGGUUGUGUGA